GACUAGGUCGCUGCAACAGGUUGUGUUUAGUUCACACGCACACACACACACACACUCACACUCGCUCUACAUGCAGCUGGGAGAUCAAAACUUUUGUUUUGGCACAAAUGUGUUCUGAGAGGACAGAGUGUGUGGUCUGAGGGACUCAGCUGGUCCAGCAUUUGUUGCAGCAGCCAACUCUCAGAGCUUUCACAGCGCUGCUCAGAGAAAACAAGGAGAGUCGGCCGUGGAUGAUGGGCAAGAUGCAAUGGAGUCUGUGCCGGAUCUUUUUCAUGGUGACUUUGAUGUUGGAGCUCGGCUGGAUAAACAUGGGCGACGGCAUGCACAGAGAUGGUGGCAGCAGGGGAGUUAGGAGACAGUGGGAGAGGCAGGUCCGCUCGUCCUCCAGUUUGGACGAGCUCCUGCGACUCACAGACUUCCCUGACUGGAAGCUGUGGAAGUGCCGUUUGAGGCUGCAGCCGCCACAGGUCAACGACGAGGAUUUCUCAUUUCCGCCAUCGAUUGGGUCUCACCGCUCCACGCGCUACGCUGCUGAAUCUUACAGCCUGGAGAUACUUAAAGCCAUAGAUGAAGAGUGGCAGCGUACUCAGUGUAUGCCCAGGGAGACAUGCGUCGAUGUGGCCAAGGAACUGGGCACUGACCCCUCAGUUUUCUUCAAGCCACCCUGCGUGUCAGUCCACAGAUGUGGUGGUUGCUGCAACCAAGAGGGGAUCACUUGCAGGAAUACAUCUACUGUUUAUGUGAAUAAAACAGUCCUCAGUGUAAUCCCUUUUAAAUUUGUACCAGAACCGGUGCUGAUAAAGGUAGCGAACCACACUGCGUGCAGAUGCAUGGAGCCUGCAAUAAUUCGGCGUAACGCUCAGCAACACAGGAGCAGUGGCUGCCCUCUGAUGGAACAGAUGGUGGGAGCAAAGGACUCCAGGAGACUUUGUGCCACUGGCUGGAUUUGGGAUUGUUCAAGUGAAAGAUGCAUACCUUACCCCUCCAGUACACAAGAGCUUCCCCUCAGCUCCUGGUUGUCGGACUGCGAGAUAGACGUGGAGCGAUGUGAAUGUCUGCCCAGACCUGAUCCGAUUCUCCAGCCAAGACCGCUGUAAUCUCAACUGUUCCCUGGUCGCCCACAGAAAUCAACGCUUUGAUAAAGCCUCAUGCAGAUGCAAACUGCCCAAGUAGAGCUUCACUGGAGAUUAAAAUUACGACAAGCUGCUCAACAAAGAGCAAUGACAAAGAUAAAAUGUCCUAUAAUUUAUUUACAGUCCUAUUUAUGCAGAUUCCUUUAAUAAUAAUAAUAAUAAUAAGAUCUCAUUUGACCAUGUUAACUGAUUGUUUUUAACGUGAAAAGAUUAGGUUUUAAUCAAUGUACAAAGUGUGUCAUUUAAAUUUUUUUCUUUGUGCACUGAACGUUCAAUAGAUACAAUAAAGAUUAUUUUUAUAAUUCAAAA